AUGGCCGCCGUUGGAGCUGCAGCCGCAAUGGCGGCAGGUGGCGCUAUAGCUUUCAUCGCAUACCAGACGGACUGUUGCUGCUAUGCCAGCGCAACGUCUGUCGUUCCUGUCAAGAAGAGGCCGUCAACGGCAACCAGUUUGACUGGAGAGGCCUCCUGCUACAUUGCGGGCGCGCUCACGAGCCACCGACGUCACAUUACCUUGGUCGGAGAUCUGCUGAUGUACGGCACGGCGCCGGGACUGGCAGAAGGAUCUAUCCACCUGCAGGGGGCCAAUGUGGAGUUGCAUGACAGCGAGAUUCGCAUUCUCCGAAAUGGUGAGCUGGCCAUGUCUAUCGUGCUCGAGAACGACGACGAGGCUGACUUCUGGGCAGACAAGCUGUCUGCAGCCGCAUUCAUGUGUGAGAGCCUUCCGAAGCUCAUCAGCAUGCACAACCGCCAACGCAACGAGGAGUUUGCUGCCGAAAACAAGCAGAUCUCAAAGAUGCUCAGCCUGAAGUGCCGGCAAUUUUCCGAAAUCGAGCAGAAGGCCAGCGACUACGAGCAGGUCGCUGGGGAGCGCAGCCAAGAGGUUCGAGAGCUCCAGGAGAGAAUUGCCACAUUCGCAGACCGCGCUGCAGAGAAAGAGGAAGAGGUGCGGCGUGCGAGACAAGAAGUCGAGGAGGAGAAGCGCAGGCUGCGCACUGAUCGGAUGCACAUCGAGAGCAAGGUUGCAUCGGCAACCGCUGAGGCAGCAUCUCGCAGAAACGAGGUUGCUGAACUCUACUCGGAGGUGAUCAACGCCGAAACUAUGGCCGAGGAGAAGGAGGACUUUACGUGGCAGUGGAUGGUCCAAAAGCGUUUGUUGACCAUGCAGAAGCUGCUCGAGCAAAGUGAGGCGAAGGUGGUCUCCAGGGCUAUCACGAAAGGCGGAGUAUUCUUCGCCGAGAUCACCGCGCUCCUGGAUGUUGGAGAACUGGCCACCGUAGUUGGCCCAGCUCGGCGCAACCGACAGGAGGCCCUGAAGGAUUGCUUGGAGCUGCGGAAGGUGGCUGCCAAGUGCACCGAAGAUUCCAAGCUGCUUCAGGUGAAGAAGCGCAAGGAGGAAUUGGAAGAGAUAACCUGGACGGUGAAAGACUUGGGUGGACGCCUGCUGGACGGCGCCGAAGGUCCUCCGCCUGGGUUCAAGCCCCCGAGCUGGAUGCCUUCUUCUGUCCAAGGACCUCCUCUGGGUUACGUUUCGCCUGGUAAAUACCGCGAGCCGGUGAAGCCGGCAGCCAAGGAGGAGAACUCUGUGUACGGCUUCAAGACAAAGAAGCUGGUCGUCGAGUGUCCAGACGCAGACGUCCGGGAGCUUGCUCCCAGUGGUGGUGACUGGGAGAGCAAGGCUAAGGUUGCUUUGCAGCAGGCCUUCAAGCGGUUUGGCCCUGUGCUGGAAGUGCGUUUGGGCUUCCAGUCUGAUGACGGACAGAAAGUUGGCUGUGUCCGCUUUGCCAGCGCUAAAGCCGUUGAGCUGGCGAUGGGCAAGUCUUCACGUGGAUGGAUAGCUGUUGGCGACAAGCAUGUGCGCAUCAGACAGCCGUCAGCGGACAAAGAAGAACUGCGAAAAUUCGCAGCGCCGCGACACGAAGCGCCGGCGUUGGAGGCACCUCCAAGCAAGAAGAAGCUGCGACCCAACGAGAGGUUCGCUUCGAAGCAAAAAGCGGACGCCGAGGAGGAGCCCGAGGUACAGGCGGAGCCCGCCAAACCUGCGGAGCCCAAGCCACCGCCGCCAACUGCUCCAGCACCGGAGCCAGUUCCACCGCCUGAGCCCGAUCGCCCCACACCACUUGCGGCAGAUGCGGAGAGUUCUGCAGAAGAUCGGGAGGUGGCCAAGGGCGAGGAGGAGAUUGCGCGUGAAAUGGCCGGUCUCUUGUCGAAGCCCUUCUCCCAGCAGAAAAAAGCUUUGAAGGCUGUCCGUGCCCGCUGGCAUCCAGACAAGAAUCCAGACUCUGUGGAAGUCGCCACGCGAGUCUUUCAGUUCAUCCAAGCUCACGACGAGUGGCUGCAGCAUCAUGGACUGGCCUGA